GCGGAUGGGACACAACCCUGCUCAAUGAAUCGUACAUUCUGCCCCCUUCAGCUGUAAUGCGGAACUCCGUCCGUGCGCUCAGAGAGGGUUUGGGAUGGAAACGAAUGUUGUUGUCAGCCGUCAAAUGCGACAUCAUUGGUAAAGAAGACGCCAACGAGCGGAUGUUAUUGGGUGUAGAUGUGUAGAUUGUAUUGCACUGUGAAAUGAGAAUGUCACUGAUAAUAUCAAAAGAGAAGAUCUAAUUUCUGCCAAUUGCCUUCCUCUUUACCUGCGGGGUCAACGGAGUAGCUUGGUACAGUGCUAGCUUGUCAGAGGAGAGAGCCUGUCAAACAGCUUGCAUCUCGAGGAAGUCCCGCUCGUUUCCAGCACGCUGCCUCAGGGCACCAUGAUUAGGGGCGACCCAGCUGUCCCACGUCACUCCUAGCUCAGCGCCAGCUCCUGAUUGGACACCGUCUCUGUUGCGCCCCGGUUGCCAUGACUUAGAGAAGGUUCCGGAUCAAAGAUGGAGAAAAAGAAGAUGUGCCCCCGCCUGCUGGACUACCUGGUGGUAGUCGGAGCCAGGCAGCCGUGCAGUGACAGCGUGGCCCAGACCCCCCAGCUGCUGCGGCGCUACCCUCUGGAGGACCACCCGGAGUUCCCACUGCCGCCGGACGUGGUGUUCUUCUGCCAGCCCGAGGGCUGCCUGAGCAUCCGCCAGCGCCGCGUCAGCCUCCGCGACGACGCCUCCUUCGUCUUCACCCUCACCGACAAGGACUCGGGCGUCACGCGCUACGGCAUCUGCGUCAACUUCUACCGCUCCUUCCAGCGGGGACACCACAGACCCCGGACAGAGGCCAGAGGAGACAAGGCUGCCCCGACGACAGAGAUGGGGGUGGAGGCCACGGAGAAGACGGAGCUGUCCUCCGCCGACGAGACCGCGCCGGACUCCGUGGCCCCUCCGGGCGAGACGGGCCCCGCCAAGUCGCCCCGGCCCAAGCGCGGGGGUCGCGUGGCCCCCCGGAGUCGCAACAGCACCCUGACGUCGCUCUGCAUCCUCAGCCACUACCCCUUCUUCUCCACCUUCCGCGAGUGUCUCUACAUCCUCAAGCGCAUGGUGGACUGCUGCAGCCAGAGGCUCAACCAGCGCGCCGGCCUGCCCAAGGGCACACAGAGGGACACCAUGUGGCGCAUGUUCACGGGCGCCCUGUCCUCGGAGGAGAAGGAGAAAGGCAGCCCUCCGCUGGCGGACCUGCGCGAGAUCGAGUCGUGGGUGUACCGGCUGCUGCGCUCGCCCGUGCCCGUGGCCGGCCAGCGGCGCGUGGACGUGGAGGUGCUGCCGCACGAGCUGCAGCCGGCGCUCACCUUCGCCCUGCCCGACUCCUCGCGCUUCUGCAUGGUGGACUUCCCGCUGCACCUGCCCCUGGAGCUGCUCGGGGUGGACGCCUGUCUCAUGGUGCUCAGCUGCAUCCUGCUGGAGCACAAGGUGGUCCUUCAGUCGCGGGACUACAACGCUCUGUCCAUGAGCGUGAUGGCGUUCGUGGCCAUGAUCUACCCGCUGGAGUACAUGUUCCCGGUCAUCCCGCUGCUGCCCACGUGCAUGGCCUCCGCAGAGCAGCUCCUUCUUGCCCCCACCCCCUACAUCAUUGGCGUGCCAGCGUCCUUCUUCUUGUACAAGGCCGAGUUCAGGAUGCCAGACGACGUGUGGCUGGUUGAUCUCGACAGCAACAGGGUGAUCAGACCCACCAAUGCGGAGAUCCUCCCCCCUCUCCCUGAGCCCGAGUCGUCGGAGCUCAAGAAACACCUGAAGCAGGCGCUGGCCAGCAUGAGUCUCAACACGCAGCCCAUCCUCAACUUCGAGAAGUUCCAGGAGGGCCAUGAGCUGCCGUUGCUCCCACCGGGGCGGGACAAGGCCUCGCCGUCCUCCACCGAGUUCAACCCCCUCAUCUACGGCAACGACGUCGACUCUGUGGACGUGGCCACCAGGGUUGCCAUGGUGAGGUUCUUCAACUCGCCGAACGUUCUGCAGGGGUUCCAGAUGCACACGCGCACACUGCGCCUCUUCCCGCGGCCCGUGGUGGCGUUCCAGGCCACCUCCUUCCUGGCCUCCCGGCCGCGCCGCUCCGGCUUCGCCGACAAGCUUUCACACACGCAGGCCGUGGAGUACUACGGGGAGUGGGCCCUCAACCCCACCAACCUGGCCUUCCAGAGGAUCCACAACAAUGUGUUUGAUCCCUCUCUGAUCGGAGACAAGCCCAAGUGGUACGCACACCAGCUGCAGCCGGUCUUCUACCGCGUGUACGACGGCUCGUCUCAGCUGGCCGAGGCCAUCAGCGGCCCGCUCGAGGAAGAGGCCAACGACUCGGACCCAACCGAUGACAGUGGCAGUGACAGUGAAGGCUAUGAUGACUCCAGUUCGUCCUACUCCUCCCUGGGGGACUUUGUGAAUGAGAUGAUCAAGGGGGACAUAUCGGGAGACACUCCAAAUGUGGAUCCGCUGGGGCACGCAGCGCUGGGGGACGCCAGUGAGGUGGAGUUCCACGACUUCCAGGAGUACAAGGAGGGGGAGGAGCCUACGGAGACCGCGGCGGAGGCGGAGCCGGAGGGCGAGGGGGAGGGUCCGGCGGAGGCCUCGGAGGGCCAGCCGCUGCGCUCUAGCUCCAGCACCACGGCCAGCUCCAGCCCCAGCACCAUCAUCCAGGGGGUAAACCACGAGCAGCCUGAGCCUGCUGAGAUGGAGGCCUCUGCCAGCGCCGCCCUCAAGAACGCUGUCCCGGGAUUGGCUGGCCAGCCUUUCUCCCGCCCCAGCCCUGAGCCCGCCUCCUCGGACCCGGCCAAUAAGAAGAAGGAGUAUGAUAACCCUUACUUCGAGCCUCAGUACGGCUUCCCUGCGGAGGACGAUGCAGACAGUGAGGAGCAGGAGGAGAGCUACACCCCACGCUUUAGCCAGAACCUCAACGGAAACAAGCCACAGCGCCCCCUACGGCCCAGCAGUCUCAAGCUGCCAGGGGAGUCGGACGGCGAGGGAGACUCGCGCAACAGCUCCCCCAACUCCACCAUCUCCAACAACAGCGGCGACGGAUUCGGAGGCCUCAUGUCAUUUGCCAGUAACCUGUACAAGAACCAUGGCACCAGCUUCAGCCUGUCCAACUUGGCUCUGCCCAACAAGGCCGCCAGGGAGAAGGCCACGCCUUUCCCCAGCCUCAAAGGGGCCCGUGGUCCCAGAGCUCUUGUGGACCAGAAGUCAUCGGUCAUCAAGCACAGCCCUACUGUAAAGAGAGAAUCCCCCUCCCCUCAGGGGAAGGCCAACAACACCAGCGAGAACCAGCAGUUCCUGAAGGAGGUCGUCCAGAGCGUGCUGGAAGGGCAGGGCGUAGGAUGGCUCAACAUGAAGAAGGUGCGCCGCCUACUGGAGAACGAGCAGCUGCGCGGCUUUGUGCUCAGCAAGCUCAACCGCGCCGUCCAAUCAGAAGAGGACGCUCGACAGGAGGUCAUCAGGGACGUGGAGGUGAACAGGAAGGUGUACAAGGGCAUGCUGGACCUGCUGAAGUGUACGGUGUCCAGUUUGGAGCACUCGUACACCAAUGCAGGCCUGGGGGGCAUGGCCAGUGUCUUCAGCCUGCUGGAGAUAGCGCGCACCCACUACCAAACCAAAGAGGCCGAGAAGCGGAAGCGCAGCCCCAUGGAGGGCGCCAGCAGCCCGGGCAGCAAGGAGAGCCCAUCGGGCCGCAUGGAGAGCGCCCGGGCCGCCGGCGUACUGCUGGUUCCUCGGCUCCAACUCCACCCGCCUUCCGUCACCUCCGGGAAGGGCGCGCGCCAUUUCGAUACCCGCAGUCUGAACGAGGAGAAUUUUAUUGCGUCCAUUGAAUUGUGGAGCAGGCACCAGGAUAACAGAAAGCAAAAUGCUUUGGAAAAGGAACAGAGAGCGGAGGGGGCCAAGCAGCGGGCCGAGGGCAAAGCCGGAGACACGGAGGAGAAGAAGUCCCAGAUCAGCGCCGACAGCGGCCUGAGCGUCACCUCGGGCUCACAGAGGAGCGAUACGGAGUCUGUGGCCAGCUCUGAGCCGCCAGCACUGACCCGCAGCACCAGCCAGGACUCUGAGGCCAGCACAGUGAGCAACAGCUCAGGUGAGACCCUGGGAGCGGAUAGCGACCUGAGCAGCACAGCAGGGGACGGCCUGGGCAGACAGGCCCCUCACCUGACCCUCUCCAGGGGCACCCUGUCCGACAGCGAGAUCGAGACCAACCCCGCCACCAGCUCCGUGUUUGGGAAGACCCACCAGCUGAAGCCUGGGAAGAGGGAGCCGGCGGGGGUCAUGUCCAAAGGAGCACCACCGCCCCCUCUGGAGGAUGUCAGCAUGAGGAUCUACCUGUGUGAGGGCCUGCUGGGCCGUGACAAGAGCUCCAUGUGGGACCAGCUGGAGGAUGCUGCCAUGGAGACCUUCUCCUUGAGCAAAGAGCGCUCCACUCUGUGGGACCAGAUGCAGUUCUGGGAGGACGCCUUCCUGGACGCCGUGAUGCUGGAGCGCGAGGGCAUGGGCAUGGACCAGGGCCCGCAGGAGAUGAUUGACAGGUACCUGUCCCUGGGUGACCACGACCGCAAGCGGCUGGAGGACGAUGAGGACCGGCUCUUGGCCACGCUGCUGCACAACAUGAUCGCCUACAUGCUUAUGAUGAAGGUGGGCAAGGCUGAUAUUCGGAAGAAGGUGAGGCGUCUGAUGGGCAAGUCUCACAUUGGCCUGACGUACAGCCAGGAGAUCAACGACAUCCUGGACCGCCUCAAUAACCUGAACGGCCGAGAGCUACCCAUCAGGCCGAGCGGCAGCCGCCACAUUAAGAAGCAGACGUUCGUGGUGCAUGCUGGGACAGACACCACGGGGGACAUCUUCUUCAUGGAGGUGUGUGACGACUGCAUCGUGCUGCGCAGCAACAUCGGCACGGUGUACGAGCGCUGGUGGUACGAGAAGCUCAUCAACAUGACCUACUGUCCCAAGACCAAGGUGCUGUGUCUCUGGCGACGCAACGGCCAGGAGACGCAGCUCAAUAAGUUCUACACUAAGAAGUGUCGUGAGCUGUACUACUGUGUGAAGGACAGCAUGGAGAGGGCAGCUGCUCGGCAGCAGAGCAUCAAACCAGGUCCAGAGCUGGGGGGUGAGUUCCCUGUGCAGGACAUGAAGACCGGCGAGGGCGGCCUGCUGCAGGUCACUCUGGAGGGGAUCAACCUCAAGUUCAUGCACAGCCAGGUUUUCAUAGAGCUGAAUCACAUUAAAAAGUGCAAUACUGUGAAGGGAGUCUUUGUCCUGGAGGAAUUUGUUCCUGAAACUAAAGAAGUGGUGAUCCACAAGUACAAGACACCCAUGGCACACCAGAUCUGUUACUCGGUCCUCUGCCUCUUCUCCUAUGUGGCGGCGGUCAAGGGGAAGGAGGCUGAGGGCAAGCCCAAGCUGCUGUCUCCACGGCCCCUGGCCAGCUAGUCUAAACUUCUCUCCUGUUCCAGAUCAUCUCGUCCCAUUCCAGGCGCACACACGCACAAACACACACACACACUAAUACACACACACACACACACACACACACACACUAAUACACUAAAAUACACACUUGCACACACACACACACACACACACAGAGAGAGAGAGAGAUGCUUAGGACAAGCUCAACCUGCUGUCCCCACAACCACCGGCCAGCUAUUCCAAAGCUCACUACCAUUCCAUUUUCCAUCACAUUCCACACACACGCACACGCACACGCACACACACACCUCCAAUGUCCUGCUCACUCCAGCACAACCUCUCCCUCUCUCUGCCCCUACCUGCUGACCACCACUCACUGCCUGCUCCUGCCCCCCCCCCCCCACACACACACACACACACUCCCCCAGAGGAAUGGCUGUGCAGGCCACUCUGUCCAGUGAGCAUCCUUCAUGCCCCUCCUCACUCACUGCUGACCGUGUUAGAGCUAGACCAGUACCCACCCCUAACCAAUAGCACAAUGUCCGCUGGGCAUCAUCUACUGUAUAUCUGUAGCCCACGGAAGCUCACACUACUGCUCCCCCCGCGCCCCGUCUGUGCUGAUUACGUCUGUGAAGCCCCGAGACCCAGACCCCCCCAAGCUUGUUUGUUCAGUGGGCCCCCACACCCCGAGGGUCAUCUGGAGUUCUAGCCAUACGAUGAUGUCCUGUCUCGCUGGACAAGGGGACGGUGGGUCUGGCUGUGCGUGUCUUUUUUAAAUAAGCCCUUGUCCCGUCGCUGUCCUCCCCUCUCGUAUUGGUCUGUGUCUGUGUCUGUGCCCCCCGGUCCCUAACUCCCUCGUCGAGCCCUUGUCGAGUAUCGGUGGCCAUCUUUGUUUUGUACACAGAGGCGCAACACUUGCAUGCAGGUCCCAUGCACAGCCCUGAGAAUCAACCAACCAAGGCAUGCCCAAGGAGCAAGAGCUUAUGCCCCUAGCUCUACUUAGACGCUCUCCUCGACACCCCCAACGCCCCUCCGUACCCCCACCCCACCCCACCCCACCCCACCCCACUCCACCCUCACCCCAACCAAGCACCACCUGCUCCUACCCCCACUCCCUCCUCUGGUGUUUCUAUCCAGAGACUGUGUGAUGAAUAUUCUAUGUGCUCAGUGGUACUGUAAAUUUCAAUCUGUUCAAGUCUUAAAAAGCAAAAAGGGUGAAACCUUUAGAGACGGGACCAACCGCUCAGCGGGCCGUCCGGCUCACAGGACCCCCCCUCGAGUUCGCCUCAGCCAAGGAACAACGAAAAAAGAGAAGUCCCUCGUAAAGGUUUCACCCGCCCGACUCCACCUGCUGUAAAAGUGGUCCAAGCUGUGUGUGUAACCCCCUUAGCAACGCUCCGGCGAGGCCAAAACUACUGUAUUAGUUCUACUGUAAACGGUUUCAUGUUUGUGUUUCGGCCGUGUUGAAUUGCAUGUUAUGCUCAAAAAAAAAGA